AUGGUGAAAAGACCCAAGAAGAAAAUGAUAAAGAAGAACUGGAAGAAAACAAAAAUAGCGGAGAAUCACUACCAAAGGCUACGUCUUCCAGUGACAUUCGAGGAAUUCCUGCGAAGCUGGAAUUCUGAAGAAGUGGACAUUUGUGAUGCAAAAAUCACAUUUACUGAUGAUGAUCUUUUACUUGGUGAAACAUACCAUAAUCGCCCCCUAUUUAUGGUUGGCUUUGUGCGAGAAAAGAGAAUAAGUAGAAUCUUGAUCGAUGAUGGGUCUGGUGUCAAUAUUCUCCCAAUUCGUACUGUCAAAGAGCUUGGCAUACCUAUGGAUGAACUAUGUGAAAUUCGUUUGAUGAUUCAAGGGUUCAAUCAAGGGGGGCAAAGAGCUAUAUGGGCUAUCAAAUUGGAAAUAAAUAUGGGAGAUUUGCAUUCGAGUGCAUGGAUGCACGUGAUUGAUGCAAAGACCUCAUAUAAUAUCUUGUGGAUAGUUGCUGAUGAUAAGCCUUUUACCGAGGCUGAAUCAUACUUUGUUGAUGCAAAAUUCUACUUGAAGAAUUACGUCUCAAAGGAGGUUAAGGUUGAUGAUGUAAUAUUGACCAAAAGUGUUGCAAAGAAGGUUGAUGCAACAACUAGCAAGCAAAAUAUUACAGUUGAAAAAGAUCAGGUGCUUCAUGAUAGGAACAAGAUGAAUGAGGCAUCUUCAAUUAAGAAAGUGACUCAUGUUCUCCGUUAUGUCCCAAAGGCAAGGAAGGUCCAAGAUCCAUCUUCUGAGCUACAAGGUAAGGUGUUAGGAGACUUGACCCUUCCUAUCAAGCGAAUUGACGCAGUUAAGUCGUGUACAAAAUUGCUUAAAGGGUUUGUCAAAUCAUCAAGCCACAAUUCGCUUCCAAAUCUAGCACUUCCUACAAAGUGCACAAAUGAGGGUUUUGACCCAAACGCCUACAAGUUGUUGGCAAAAGAUGGAUAUGAUCCCAAAAAACCAUCCAAGUUGGGAAAGCUCCCGUCUGAAGCUUCAAACACUACUCAAAAGAUGAUGAUGGAGAAAGGGUACCCACUGAAGCAAUCACGUGAAGGAUUGGGUUACAAACAACCCCCGCUAAUCUAUAUCUCCAUUAAAAGGGCAAGUUGUAACUACAUUACUGCUAAAGAAGUGUCUACGAUGCUUAAUAACAAGCCUUCUGUGUUUGACCUACUUACGAAACCAAGGACCUCAGUCUUUGACAGGUUGGGACCGCUGAAGAAGGAAAACAAGUGCCAUGGAAGUAAUAGAAGGAUUGGAGCACCUAACUCCCUUAAAAAGGAGAUUUUGACCAUAGACUACCCACGUCUGAUUCCUUCUAGAAUGAGGCGAGAGACAAAACUUGUAUUUUCGUGUGGAGAGGUCCUUAAAGCAAAGGGAAAGUGCCUUGAUAAUCAUGUAUGUCAUCACAUAUCUUUCAAUGAUGGUGAUCCUCAAGAGGAUGAAGACGCUAAAGAUGCACCACUAGAGCUUGAAGAAGGGGUGAAGACAACGGUUGAUGCACUAAAAGAAGUCAAUCUCGGAGUAGUUGAAGAUCCAAAGCCCACAUAUAUAAGUGCCUCUCUAACUGUUGAUGAAGAGAGCAAAUAUAUUGAGCUACUUAAGGAGUUCAAAGACGUAUUUGCUUGGAGCUACAAGGAAAUGCCAGGUUUAGACCCCAAGGUUGUUGUUCAUCAUCUUGCUGUCAAACGAGGUGCUCGUCCUGUAAAGCAAGCACAACGUCACUUCAGACCUGAUCUGGUUCCCUUGAUUGAAACCGAAGUUAACAAGCUUAUUGAGGAUGGUUUUGUUCGUGAAGUUAAAUAUCCUACAUGGAUUUCAACCAUCGUCCCUGUAAGAAAGAAGAAUGGCCAAAUCCAAGUUUGUGUUGACUUUAGGGACCUAAAUAACGCUUGUCCUAAGGAUGAAUUUCCUCUUCCUAUCCCUGAGCUCAUGAUUGAUGCAACAACUGGAUACGAGGCGAUGUCUUUCAUGGAUGGUUCCUCUAGAUAUAAUAAAAUUCGCAUGGCACCGAAGGACGAAGAACUUACUGCCUUUCGCACCCCUAAAGGUAUAUACUGCUACAAGGUAAUGCCUUUCGGUUUGAAGAAUGCUGGUGCUACAUAUCAACGUGCCAUGCAAAAUAUUUUUGAUGACAUGCUUCAUAAAAAUGUGGAGUGUUAUGUUGACGACUUGGUGGUAAAGUCAAGGAAGAAGUAUCAUCACUUGCAAGAUUUGAGGAUGGUAUUUGAACGCCUUCAGAGAUACCAACUCAGAAUGAACCCUUUGAAGUGCGCUUUUGGAGUUACUUCUGGGAAGUUCCUCGGUUUUAUUGUUCGACAUCGAGGUAUCGAGAUUGAUCAAGCUAAGGUGGACGCUAUCUUGAAAAUGCCGAGCCUAAAGAUAUUCAUGAAUUAA